AUGGCAUCUAAUCAACCUGGCAAGUGUUGCUUUGAAGGAGUUUGUCACGAUGGAACACCCAAGGGUCGUCGUGAAGAAAUCUUCGGUUUAGAUACUUAUGCAGCAGGCUCUACAUCUCCCAAGGAAAAAGUUAUAGUUAUCUUGACAGAUGUGUAUGGCAAUAAAUUCAACAAUGUUUUAUUAACGGCCGACAAAUUUGCUAGUGCUGGGUACAUGGUCUUUGUUCCCGAUAUUUUAUUCGGCGAUGCUAUCUCAUCGGACAAACCAAUUGAUCGUGAUGCCUGGUUUCAAAGACAUUCUCCUGAAGUCACCAAGAAAAUUGUUGAUGGAUUCAUGAAGUUGUUAAAACUUGAAUAUGACCCAAAGUUUAUUGGCGUUGUGGGUUACUGUUUUGGUGCAAAGUUUGCCGUCCAACACAUUAGUGGCGACGGGGGUCUUGCCAAUGCUGCAGCCAUUGCACAUCCAUCUUUCGUCAGCAUCGAGGAAAUUGAAGCAAUUGAUAGCAAGAAACCAAUAUUGAUUUCAGCAGCGGAAGAGGAUCACAUCUUUCCGGCAAACUUAAGACACUUAACGGAGGAAAAAUUAAAGGAUAAUCACGCUACUUACCAGUUAGACCUCUUCAGUGGUGUGGCUCACGGGUUUGCAGCAAGAGGCGAUAUAUCCAUACCUGCCGUAAAAUAUGCGAAGGAGAAAGUCUUGCUCGACCAAAUAUACUGGUUCAAUCAUUUUUCGAAUGUUUAA